CAUCGACGAACGUUAAUUGUUUUCCCACAAAAUUCAUACAAAUUAUAUGCCCAUUGAUUUAUUCGUUUUGUUAGCAGAACUUUAUUAUACACUUGACUUAUGCGUAUUUCUGCGCAAUCCUCUUCUUCUAUUUUCACACAGUGGUGAUAAACGAAAUUAAUAGGAAAAUUUAACCACAAAACAGGAUUUCAGUAAAAUUAUAAUAAUUUCCAUCUUCUCAUCAUGUUCUUUCCAAAUAAAUGUGGAGUGUGCGAUGAAAUAAAAGAUCUAAAAAAAUGUACCCGAUGCAAUUUAAUAUCAUACUGUGGAGGAGAACAUCAGAGACAGCAUCUAAAGGAUCAUAAGAAAAUUUGUAAAAUACUCGACGAAAUGUUAAAGGAAUACAAAUUAUCGCACAUAUUUGAAAAAUCACAUGGCGCCGAUCAUGAUAAAUGGCUACUAGAUCGAGAAUUGAUUAUACGAAAAAUGACACAAAAAUUAGGAAGAAAUCUUGAUGAUGAGGAAAAAUCAAUGUUCCGAAUGCCACGGAAUUGUCUCGUUUGUCAUGAAACAAGAAACAGUGAAUUAACAAAUUGCACUCAAUGUCCUUUUGCAAGUUUCUGCAAAGAUCAUCGAGAGGAUAAUCAGCAUGAUAAGUAUUGUUCACUAUUGAAGAGUUUUUAUAGGGUGGAAAUUUACAAUUCCGUAUCAGGUCCAGAACGGUAUAACGAAGCACUUAUUUCCAUUUUACACACGGAAUUUAAGCAGAAUUUAAAAGCACCAGUGGAUAUGAAUGAGUUCUUCGAUUUUUAUGUCGAUGAAUCGGUGAAUAUUGAUGGGACGUUGAAAAUGAUUGCUUCGGAUUAUUUCAGUGUUCCUUUGACUCUAUUCAAUGCUCUGAAGAAGUUGAAUUAUUGUCAUACUCAUAGUUUGACGCUUCAUAUCGGAGGGACUGAUUUUCCUUUCGAGCAUGUUCAAGUUUGGGAGACUAUUUUGCAUCUGUUGCCUAAUUUGAAGAAGCUUUUGGUCGUCUAUGUGGGACAGAAAUUUAAUUUUCACAGGAUAAUAUUUCCAUUGUGUGGGGUUUGCUCCAUGAGUGAAAGAACCAUUGCAGUUGAUGUUUUUAGCAUGAAUUACAAGCAGUACGUGAAUUCGGAGUAUUACGAGAAGCCGGAUCUGGUUGCAUUUUUGAAUCUAGUUUCCCCCUCUGACCAUAGCCCAAAUCGAGGACAAUACGAAGAAGAUUUCGUAUUAAUAUGCGGUAGAAUACGUUGUUGCUUGGUGGUGACAACAACAUCAGAGAAGAAAAUGUACUCAGCGGCUAGGGACUUUCAAUCGGCUUUGUGCUUCCGGGAAAUCUUGGAAGACGACAACAAUAAGUUUGCGUCAUUGAAGCCUCAGAUACAGUGGGAGGAUGGUACUGCUUUUAGGGCGAAUCAAAAUAUGCUUAUUUUCAGUCUACCAACAAGAAAAUUCUUCUACGGCACCAACUGUCACGUUUGUCAUUCGAACGAAACUUUUGUCACCUGUGAAUUUUGCAGAAUGAUCUUCUAUUGCGAUGAGGAACAUCAGCAGGAUGAUUACUUCAGUCAUAAGGAUCUUUGCAAAGUGCUGAUUGCGAUGAUGGACAAAACGGAAACGAUGUGUUUUUACAGUCACCUGAAGGGUGUCGAUUCGGAAACGUGGGUGCGAGCCAAAAUUGAAAUUCUGGUGAGGGUGGAAUUGAAACUUGCAAGGAGGCUCAUGGACUUUGAGGAGGAACUUCUUCUCUUUCCGAAAGCGUGUUUCGUUUGUCAUGAGAGCGAUUUGGAUGUGCUGAACGACUGCGAAUGUGGGAUAAGUCUAUGUCAGGAGCACAGAGACGAUGCUACACAUGAAAAUUUGUGUAAAGAAUUCGACCUCGCCUACAGAAUGACAACAGCAAAACAGUUUCCCAUCAUUUCAACGAUAGUGAAAGAUGUAAUAAUUCAGGAAAACGAAAAUCUUCCUCCCUCUCUUGAAGAUUUUAUAAACAAAUUCUUACAGCUAAGCAAUAAGAUUUCCGACUAUCGAGUUCCCGAUUACGACAGAUUGAUGAUCGGGGAAUAUUUAACAAGACCCCUAACUUUACUCUACGCUAUGAAACGACUACAUUUGCAUAUUAAACCCACAAUGGUGAUUCAUGUCCUCGGAGCGUCGACUUUCGAAAUUUGGUCGCAGAAAUACUGGAAAAUUCUAUUAUUCUGGCUGCAGAACUUAAAGAACUUGAUUGUCGUAUUCAUUGGACCUGAAAUUGAAGAAUUCGCGAAUGACAGUGUAGAACUUAUCUUUUCCGAAACUUCUUUGGGAGAUGAUCAGAGACUUUGCGUCAUCUCCCCUCCGAUUCACUAUGAAGAUUAUUAUAAACACAAGUCUUUUUUAAAACCCGACAUUGUCAUUGGAUUUAAUCUCGAAAUUCAUGAAAUUGAACUGGGAAUUUCGAGUUCCAGUUGGAAGCAUAUGCUCCUGACGGUGGAGAAAUUGAACGUGCCUUUUAUAUUGACGGCGGGGUCUGAAGAAAGAGCUCGAAGCGAUCAUCGAAUUAUGAGUAUCCUCAUGGAUUUGAAAUUGACUUACUUUUCUCUGGAAUCAAAUCCAUUUGCUGGUCGUGUUCCUGAACGAGAUUUUCAAACGGAGAGACUUCGGUAUUCGAAUAAAUUUGUGACAAUUUAUAGUCGGUUGCGCGAAAAUAUUAGAGGACAUAGAGAUUAAGUUUGUUUUCAAUUUGUACAUAAUUUUUUUUUAAAAAACGCUUUUCUUAGCAGUAUUGUAUAUAAAUUAUUACUAUUGCGACUUAACAAGAGUCGUAUUUUACUUGACUGGAGGGAAAAAGAAAAUAUUUUUUAGAAAUUAAAAAAUAGUUAGUGCAAUUUUAUAAUAAACGUUUCUGCAAACUGCGGAUAAGUGAUAUUUAUAUAUAUUUUUAAAGUAUUUGAAAUGUAUUUAAAAUGUAUUUGAAAUGUAUUAGAAAUGUAUUAGAAAUGUAUUUGAAAUGUAUGGUUCAAAUGUGCAUAAAAAAGGUAAUUUUAUGGAAAUAAUCCAAGAAUUGAAAAUCUACGAAAAAUAGUAUAUAUAUAGAUACUAUUUUGCGUUAAUACAGUAAAGAAUUAAUGACAAUAAAUUAAUUUAUGCUAUCUA